CUCAAUGCAUUGCUGAUUGGCCUCUCUCUCUCUCUCUCUUAACCCGUUUCUCUUUUUGACUCUAUUCAUUCAAUCAUCCAUUCAUUCCUCAUCGUUCCAUCUCUAUCAAUGACACCAAAUCCAUACCUGUUCCCUCUCUGAUCACCAUAGAAACCCCCCAUUGGAAUUCCCCACUCUCCUUUCUCUCCUCUUAUAACAAGCAACAAGCAACAAUCACUCUUCACCCUCUCAUUCAUUGAAGCCACCCCCUCACACAAAACAAAACUCACCUCAAAUCCUCUAAUCACACACUUUUAUUCACUCCAAAGUUACACAACUUCCUUCCAAACUCCCUAAAAAAAUGGCUCAACCUCACCCCAAUCAUCUCACUUGGAUUCACCUUCACCUCAUCCUCCUCUUCCUCCUCCAUGGUAGUCAUAGUGUAGUUCAUGCACAAGGUUCCAUGGAGCCAAUUCCCACAGACAUCUCCCACCACAGUUGGCAACCUUCUUUUGCAAUCACCAUAGGUGCCAUCAUCUGUGCCUUCCUCUUCAUGGGGAUCAUCACAGUCUACCUUCGUAACUGUACUGGUUCACACAUCAACAACAGAAACCAAACCAACCAAACCUCCUCAGAAUGUUCAUGUUCUUGUUCACAAGGGAUCACUAAGGAACUCCUCAACACUUUCCCAAUCCUCUUCUACCCCACCAUCAAGGACCUCAAGAUAGGUAAAGCAUCAUUGGAAUGUGCAAUUUGCUUAACUGAUUUCAAGGACUAUGACACACUGAGGCUUCUACCAAAGUGCAACCAUGUCUUUCACCCUCAAUGCAUAGACUCAUGGUUAUGUUCCCAUGUCACGUGCCCGGUUUGUCGCGCGAAUCUGAACCAAGACACAUGCGAAAUCGCCAUAGCUGUUCCGACCCAAUUGAGCACUCCCCAAAGUGGUGAAGAAAGUCUAGGACUUGAAGCUGAAAACAACGGUGGUGAAGAGAACAACGCGGUGGAACAAAACCAUGUCGAGAAAAACGAGGUUUUGAACAGCAACGAUGGUGGUGGUGAAGGUGAUGGUGGUAGUGAUGGGGUUGUGUCAAAACCGAAGCUUUUGAAGUCAAAUUCAACGGGACACACGGUUGUGGAGCAAGUGAAGAGCGAGGAGAGGUACACACUGAGGUUACCGGAAGAUGUGAGGAGGUACAUUCUGGUGAACCAUGGUGAAACGGUGCAGCGUUCCUCCAGCUACAACAACAACAAUGGCAACAACGUGGUGAGAGGGGUGUGUUGGAGUGAGAUUGAAGAGAGCAGCGGUGGCGGUAAGAGAAGCAACAAUGGUGAGGUGAAGGUGGAGAGGUGGGUGCUUUGUAGCCGUGGUUGAAGAAGGUUGCUCUGUUUUUGUUCUCUCUGUUAUAUGGGGAAUUUCAUCGAACAUGUUCCCUGCACUCUGCAUUGCACCCUUUUUUAGCAUCGUUAUGGAGCUGACGAGCUUUUCAAAAUGAAUACUGGUGGUGUUUAGGGAUUAGGGUGAUUCAAUAAAUGGGGUUUUGGCGAUAUUGAGGAGGAGGAGGAAGAAGAACGACGAUUCCAAACAGGGGAAGUGUUCAAUGACUGAGUCUACUCGUUCUUUACCUUUCGGAAUCCGAGUUGACUCGUUUUGUGGGAAUUUUUUAUUUUGUUUUUGUUAGAGCGUAGGUAAAUAUUUUAUUGUUUUUCGCGCAUUAAUAUUAAUAUUAUUAUUAGUCUCUAUUCAUAUUUAUCA